CUCAUAACAAUAAUCAUCAUUAGUGUCUAUAACAAUAAUAUUAAAAGAUGGAAACAAACAAUAGUAACUAGUCAAAGCAUAUCAUAUUUUUUAUAAGUUUGUGUUGAAAAGCUUAGUCAAAUUUAGUAAAACUAAGGGAGAAAACAUAUUUUAAAAAUAUGAGUUUUAUAUAUCUUGAAGUUACUUAUCACUCUUAAAAAUACAAGUUAUUCAAAAACUAGCGUAGAAGACUUAAAAACUAGCGUAGACGACUUAAAAACUAGCGUAGAAAACUUUCACAGAAGUGUUCUUGGAUCAGUUAGAAACUUUAAUUAACGUGAAUUUUGGUAACCUCAUAAAUAUCACCAAUUAAGUUAUAAAUUCCGUUCAGUAAGCUAAAUAUUCAUUAAUAAACAUGAGUUAACAAGAAAAUAUUAAAAAGUCUUUAUAGUUUUAGAGAAAAUGCAAGUUUAUUAAACAUUGACGCAGACGACAUCCACGGAGGUAGUCUAGUAGACUUCCAGAGAAGUCGUCUAUUUAAGUCGACGCGGACGACUUCAAUCUAAGUCUUCCAGACGACUAAAAUAUAAGUCGUCUGGUCAAUGCAGAAGUUAUUUUUGCAAUUGACUUUGAAAUCUGUUAUCUAGAACGACUGAAAAAUAAGUCGUCUACUUUUGUUUGGUUAAAAAAAACUCCAAAAAGCUAGACAACUUACAUUUCAGUCGUCAUAGGUUAGUUUUGCAUUUGACAGGAUUAUUUCAGAAGUUUCACUUUCCUGGACGACUUAUAUUUCAAUCGUCUCGUGAAAAAUUGAAAUAUCAAUAAUUUAUUAAAACUUGAUGACUUAAAAUUAAGUCGUCAUAAGUUAGUUUUGCAAUUGAAAAAUAGAAUUUCAAUAUUUAAUCAUAUAUAGACGACUUACAAUUCAGUCGUCCGUCCGACGACUUACAUGUAAGUCGUCCAGGAUUUACGAGGUUUGACCAGAAUCUCGGAAUAAAAUCUUAGACGACGUACAUGUAAGUCGUCGGGCGAACGACUGAAUUGUAAGUUGUUUGGGUAUAAUUAAAUAUUAAAGUUUUUUUUUCAAUUGUAAAACUAAUCUAUGACGACUUAAUAGUAAGUCGUCUAAUUUUAAUAAAAUAAUGAUUUUUUAAUUUUCACAAGACGACUGAAAUCUAAGUCACCCAAAUAAAAUAAUAUAUUGCAAUAAAUACAUAUUUGUUUCCCACGUUAUUGAUUAGCAAGGCUACAUCGUUUUGUGGUUAGACCUAUUUCUCAAAGACAUUCAAUAUAUAUUGUUCGACAAUAUUUGGGCCUACAUCUUUAUUAUUACCGAACAUCAUUAAGUAAGAGCCAAUAGAAAAAGGAGAAAUCGUUAGGGUUUUAAAUUACGGGAAUGACCUUAACGAAGCUGUCGAAAUCUUUGAAAAAUCAGUGGCAUAGGUAGUAAAUAAAAAGGUAUAGCAGGGAUUUAAAUUAGAUAGUAUCCAGAUUUAAUAGUAUAGAUGGGGAAAAACAAAAAAAAAACAUUAGGGACAGACAUUAUAUUCACUUUAGGGCUUUGAGAGAUCAGUUCAAGAAUCUUCUUCACUUUAUGAGUCAUAAGUAAGACAAAUAUGUUCAUUAAUAUUGUACCAAAGAAAAUAUUGAAAUUCCCAUAAACACUGAGUCCAUGAAACUAUCAACUCAUGCGCUACAGCCUGGGGUUGCACAGAAACUUCAUCGAACAUCCGCUUCCUCUUUGGAACCGGAAUCGGAAUCAAACGUCCACUUUCCGCUUCGUCAUGGUUCACAACGAGAGAUUCCGGUGAACUGAUAUCUCUAAAUGUGGGACUCCUAUGACCCUGCAUCUGAAGUGUGUGUCUGAGCCCCAUUGGUGCAAAGGAAUUUGCAGUCGUAAUGAACUAGAUCGAAUCCAAAGAAAUCAGAUACACACUUCAAUUCAAAGUUCAUAUUAAGCUAGACAACACUAAAUACAUUAUUGUUUUCAACGUAUAACUGAACUAGAACCAAGUCAAAUAAAUCAACCAGGUAAAUUAUGGAAUAAAAUCAGUAUACAUCAUGAAUUCACAAGAAAUCAGAUCAUCAAUGUAGAUAACUUCAGAGAAUCAAUUAAAUACCAUUCUAGAAUCAAAAAUACAAUUGUAUAAUUUUUCCACUCUGGUGACUCCAAUGACUGUCUAAUAACCUAGAGAACUAACACUCGUUUAACCUAGGAGAUCUAAACAUGCCUUAAGUUCGAAUUUUUAUAAGUUCACAAAGCAACUUAAUACUCAUGUUGGCUAGUUUACAAAAAAAAAAAAAAACUCAUGUUGGCCAAGGAUACUUUUCUCACAUGGAUUAUUUUCAAUCAACCAAAUAAACUGUAGCUGUAUAUAAAAAACCUAAGAUCAUGAAUUAGGUAAUUUAUCAAGUUCAAGCAUUAGAUAUACAACAAAAGAGUGAGUUUACAAAAAAAAAAAAACGUUCAUGUUUAAGGAGAAUUUAAAGUUACAGGAAAAUAUAGAAAAAAUCUUCUACAUUAAACAAAUUUCGUGGGAAAAGUUAGUUGAUCUUCAACUUAAAAUAUUAAGGUAAAGUUGGAUUCUGAUUACUAAAAAUUAUUCAUAAAAUUAAUAUCAAAAUUAUUCACUCUUUCAUAACUUUUUCACAAUGAAAAUCAAUCCAACAUGAAUAACACUAGAUUUUAAUUCACCAUUUCAGAUUUUGAAUUAAAUAACAAUAGAUUUCAAACUGUUGAAACUAAAUAAUUGUCAAUCCAAGAACAAUAACACUGAAUUUAAAAUAAAAAUAUUCUAAAUAUAAGAAUCAGUAAAGGAAAAAAAAAUUGAAUAACAAUAGAUUGUUCUUGGAUUUAUCUAUUCAGAUUCAUAAACCAAUAAACCCCGAAAAUCUAUUUCAGUAUCUGUUGGAAAAAAAGGAUCAAAUCCUUAAUUAGAUUUCAAUAAUAAACUGGGGUUUUCUUCAAAUUGAUGUUUCAAUCACGUAGAGUUUCAAUGAAAAGUUGAUCCAAAUUAAAAAAAAAAGGUUUAAGCAAGAACUUUUAUGUGGAUUCAAAUAUGUAAAAUGUUCAAAAGUAACAAAAGGUUUAAGAAAGAAAUUCACAUAUUUGAGGUGUCAAGUGACCCCACUAGAUUAUAAUUGGGCCAGUCCAUUAUAAAAGAGCAACCAAUGUCCGAGAAAAAGAAAGUAAAACCCUAAUCCCAUUGAAACAAAGAAAGAGGAAGAUGGUUUUCUUGCCAGAUGAUCUCUGUGCAACAAUAUUAUCGAGACUACCGAUAAAAGUCUUCACAAGUUUCAAACUGGUUUGCAAGCAAUGGAACUCAGUUGUUGACUCUCCGAUUUUCCGCGAACUUUUCAUAGCCCAACACCAAAACACUCAUUCUUCUUCAUGGUCGCUCAUUAUGGGUGCAGUUGAUAGGACAGAGUUCUUGGCUCACUACAGAUGCAACACUUGGGGGCUUCAACGGUCUCUAGACUCCUACAUCUCCUCUUUCAUUGCCUACAAGUUCGAGAACCAGAGACACAAUUACCGACGAGGCAGCGUCGUGGCUUACAGCGAUGCAGGGUUUGUUUUGAUGGAUGUAUCAUCUUACAGCUAUGCUGGAUCGACUUUCGAGAAACGAUCCCUGUGCGUGGCCAAUCCAGUUUCACAGGAGUGCAUUGAGAUUGAUGCUCCUAAAGCGUUUGAAAAUAGUGGAAUUUUCAGGCCUUUUGGAAUAGCCACACGAACUAAUAACGGCGUCGUUACAAGUUAUAAAAUUGUUGCGUUUUCAUCUGAGAGCUACGUUGAGAACUUAGGUUUGAUGAUAUAUUCAUCUGAGACAGGUUUGUGGAGUCGCAAAUUGCAUCUCCAUUCUAAGUCUGAGAGUUGUCCCCAUACCAUUAGCUUGAACGGAAAUCUUCACUGGCUAUCCCGCAAUAAUGAUGAACUUGUAUCUAUGGAUUUCAACGCCACUAACAUGGCAUCUGGUCCAUUCCGCUACACGGACUUCCCUGAUUUAGAAAAACGUGUCAAAUUCGCAAGAGCUUGCACAACUUAUCAAGGAAGUCUCAUGUAUAUUAACAUAGUCUCCCAAGAUGGAAGUGUAGACCAUAAGUUAUGCGUAUGGCGGCUCAAGAGCUGGGAAUGGCAACUAAUAUCUGAAAUCUCUACGGCUUUGACUGAGACCAAAUUCGAUUAUAUUCCUUUGAGAAUUAACUCUUGUGAUGCUACAACAGCCUACUUUCUCAGCCAGAAGCACAAACGUUUGAUAGCUAUUAACUUACGCAAUGGUGAGCGUAUGCUCCACAGGGAGUUGGAACUUAGCAGCGGUGGGCGGCGCAUUCUGAGAUCUCUUCGCUACUCGCAAGGUUCUUAUUUUUACUCAUUCGUUCUCCCACAGUGGCUGUAUCGGUUACCCAGGCAGCAACGGUGAGAAGAGUCUUUGAGAGCCUGUAUUCCUGAUCCUACAUUUUUUUCUUAUAAUUACUGUUAGUUCUCUUUUAUACAAGAAGUUGUAAGAUGGUGCUUUUCUUUUUUAAGUGUUUUGUUUGAAGGCAAAAAUAUUGGAAAAAUGGUUUGGGCAUAUUGUAGGUCUGAUUUCUUGAUUCGUGGAGGAUAUAACAUAUGAACCUUACACUUUUAUCACUAGUUCGUAUAAAGAUAACUGAAUAUAUAUAAUUGAGACAGAGAACAUGCAUGGUAAGAUCAAGGUUGGCGUGCAGACGAGUGGAGGGAGCUACAUAGAUUCUUAGAAAGAAAAAACAGACCAAGUAAGCAUCUAUUAGUCAAAAAGCCAUUUAUUUUCAUGAAUUUCACUUAGCUCAACUCGCUAAUCCAAAUUUCCAAUUCCAACAAUUCACCUUGCAAUAAACUGCUAGGGAUCAACAUCAAUAGGAUGCUGAAGAUCUCCUUUCAGUUGCAGCCAUGACAGUUUGUAUCCCAGUGAAUUUCCCGUCUCUGCAGUUAAAUAAGGGCCAGCUCGUGAUGAAGCUUUCUCCUACCCAAGCUACAUGCCUGAGCUUAGAUCAAAAACUACAAUAUUUCACAUUAACAUAUUCGAUUUCCCUUAGUUAGGUAUAAUGUAUACCAGAAGAUGCAGGCUCCCCUAGUCUUUGAUUUCAACAAUUCAAGAUGGAUUCUGAGUUAUGUAAAGGUCCUACCACUAUGGGAGUUUCUUUCACCAAAGCCACGGACUACACUGUACAAACUAACAAUGAUUAGACUAACCAUUCUACAGAUAAUCAUCCGUGGCUAAUAUACCUUUUUCGCAAAAACAUAGAACUCUUGGUUUAAAGAUGACCAUAUCAUAGUUGCAAAAAAAAAAAAAAAGACCAUAUCAUACUAAAGAAUCUUUAAAGACAAAUCAUUAGCUUCAAAUGCUAGAAUAACUAUUAUACAUUGAAAUUAAUAACGAGCCCACAUAUGUAAAUGAAUAAAUUUGUCCACGUAUGUACGUGAGUAAACUAAGGUAGCAUUGGAUUUUUUAAGGAAGAUACGUACACUGGAAUUCCCUGGCUAGUGGUAUUGAGGCAUAGAUGAAAAGCAACAUACUUGGUCUCAACUCUCAAGUUCAUUACUGACUGACUUUCCAUGAAAGGCUUGUACAAUUUUUCUUAUCGAAAAUGUAUCUUAGUAUCGCAGUGAUGAGUAAAUUAACCAAAUACUGGUAUAGUAUAAUACAUGAAAUUCUUUGAUAAGAUAUAACUUUAAGAAACAUUUAAAAAAAACAAGAACUAACUAAG